CGCCCACCAAGGGCGCGUUGGUCCCCGGCCUCAGCCUCUGGGCUGGCAGCCGCCGCCGCGCCGCGCUCCCAUUGGUGCCCGGCGAUGACGCGGCCGAGCGGGCCAGGGCUGCCUGGUCCGGGGGCGGGCGCGGGGCGCCGGGCGCGGAGUGCGAGGGGCGGGGGCCGGGCGCACUGCUGAUGAAACCUGGCGCCGGGACCCGCCAGCCCUCGGCGCCCAUUCAGUCCGCGCAGGCAGGUGUGAGCAGCGGGUCAACUACCUGGCGGGCGCGCGCGGCCUCGGGCUCCCGCUAACCGCAGCCUCCACUCCGCUCCCCGCGCGCCGCGCCCCCGCCCCGCCCUGCCCCGCCCGGUCUCCCCGGCCGAGGGUCCGUUGGUCCUUGAGCGCGUCCGACAGUCUGUCCGUCCGCGAUCCUGCCGUAGCCCCGCCGCCGCCGGCUCGGAUUCCGAAACCUUCCUUGUGUCCCUCCUGAGACAUCUUUGCUGCAAGAUCGAGGCUGUCCUCUGGUGAGAAGGUGGUGAGGAUUCCCGUCAUAUUCCAGCUCUGAACAGCAACAUGGGGUGCAAAGUCCUGCUCAACAUUGGCCAGCAGAUGCUGCGGCGGAAGGUGGUGGACUGUAGCCGGGAGGAGACGCGGCUGUCUCGCUGCUUGAACACUUUUGAUCUGGUGGCCCUCGGGGUGGGCAGCACGCUGGGUGCUGGCGUCUAUGUCCUGGCUGGAGCUGUGGCCCGUGACAAUGCAGGCCCUGCCAUUGUCAUCUCCUUCCUGAUUGCUGCGCUGGCCUCGGUGCUGGCUGGCCUGUGCUAUGGCGAGUUUGGUGCUCGGGUCCCCAAGACGGGCUCAGCUUACCUCUACAGCUAUGUCACCGUUGGAGAGCUCUGGGCCUUCAUCACCGGCUGGAACUUAAUCCUCUCCUACAUCAUCGGUACUUCAAGCGUAGCGAGGGCCUGGAGCGCCACCUUCGACGAGCUGAUAGGCAGACCCAUUGGGGAGUUCUCACGGACACACAUGACUCUGAACGCCCCCGGCGUGCUGGCUGAAAACCCCGACAUAUUCGCAGUGAUCAUAAUUCUCAUCUUGACAGGACUUUUAACUCUUGGUGUGAAAGAGUCGGCCAUGGUCAACAAAAUAUUCACUUGUAUCAACGUCCUGGUCCUGGGCUUCAUAAUGGUGUCAGGAUUUGUGAAAGGAUCGGUUAAAAACUGGCAGCUGACGGAGGAGGAUUUUGGGAACACGUCAGGCCGUCUCUGUUUGAACAAUGACACAAAAGAAGGGAAGCCUGGUGUUGGUGGAUUCAUGCCCUUUGGGUUCUCUGGUGUCCUGUCGGGGGCAGCGACUUGCUUCUAUGCCUUCGUGGGCUUUGACUGCAUUGCCACCACAGGUGAAGAGGUGAAGAACCCACAGAAGGCCAUCCCCGUGGGGAUCGUGGCGUCCCUCCUGAUCUGCUUCAUCGCCUACUUCGGGGUGUCGGCUGCCCUCACGCUCAUGAUGCCCUACUUCUGCCUGGACAAUAACAGCCCCCUGCCCGACGCCUUUAAGCACGUGGGCUGGGAAGGUGCCAAGUAUGCAGUGGCCGUGGGCUCCCUCUGUGCUCUUUCUGCCAGUCUUCUAGGUUCCAUGUUUCCCAUGCCUCGGGUUAUCUAUGCCAUGGCUGAGGAUGGACUGCUAUUUAAAUUCUUAGCCAACGUCAAUGAUAGGACCAAAACACCAAUAAUCGCCACAUUAGCCUCAGGUGCCGUUGCUGCUGUGAUGGCCUUCCUCUUUGACCUGAAGGACUUGGUGGACCUCAUGUCCAUUGGCACUCUCCUGGCUUACUCGUUGGUGGCUGCCUGUGUGUUGGUCUUACGGUAUCAGCCAGAGCAACCUAACCUGGUAUACCAGAUGGCCAGUACUUCUGACGAGUUAGAUCCAGCAGACCAAAAUGAAUUGGCAAGCACCAAUGAUUCCCAGCUGGGCUUUUUACCAGAGGCAGAGAUGUUCUCUUUGAAAACCAUACUCUCACCCAAAAACAUGGAGCCUUCCAAAAUCUCUGGGCUAAUUGUGAACAUUUCAACCAGCCUCAUAGCUGCUCUCAUCAUCACCUUCUGCAUUGUGACCGUGCUUGGAAGGGAGGCUCUCGCCAAAGGGGCGCUGUGGGCAGUCUUUAUGCUCGCAGGGUCUGCCCUCCUCUGUGCCAUGGUCACAGGCGUCAUCUGGAGGCAGCCGGAGAGCAAGACCAAGCUCUCAUUUAAGGUUCCCUUCCUGCCAGUGCUCCCCAUCCUGAGCAUCUUCGUGAACGUCUAUCUCAUGAUGCAGCUGGACCAGGGCACCUGGGUCCGGUUUGCCGUGUGGAUGCUGAUAGGCUUCAUCAUCUACUUUGGCUACGGCCUGUGGCACAGCGAGGAGGCGUCCCUGGAUGCCGAUCAAGCAAGGACUCCUGACGGCAACUUGGACCAGUGCAAGUGACGCACAGCCUCGCCCCCCGGAGGUGGCGGCAGCCCCAAGGGACGCCCCCAGAGGACCGGGAGGCACCCCACCCUCCCCACCAGUGCAACAGAAACCACCUGCAUCCACACCCUCACUGCAGCCGAAGGUGCAAUUACUUGACCUGCAGCCCCAGCCCACCCUCGGCUCCGCAGCCGGUUCUUCAGGCCCUGGUCACCUCCAGACAGCUGCCUGGCUGGGGCCACUAGGCUGCGGCUGGCCACUGUGUCUCCUCACUUCUCUGAACAAAGCAGUUCCUCCCCUACCAGCUCAGCCCCAAGCUGCCGCAGCUGCAGGCAGAACGGAGGUCACCUUCUCUCCUUAUCUUGGAAACCAGGCUUUCCUCCCUGGGGACUGUUCUGGGAUUGAAAUUGUGCAUACUCCAAACUUUCGCAGCCAUCUUCCCACUCAGCCCCAGACACCCAGCAAUCAAGCCAGAUGAGUACCACAAAACAGUGUGUCCCCAGCAGCUCCCCACCCCAGAGCCAAACGACAGUAGUGCACUUAAAAAGGAGAAUCAGGCCUGUUGUCCUUCUCCCGUUGCAUUCAGAUGGGUCAUUAGGGCCGGACCUUGCUUGCCCCUUGGCUUCUCAGGGCUUUGCUCUGACACCAUGACAGCUGCCCAGGGCUGGGCAGGGGGGCUGAGGGCAGCUGGCUCCUCUCAAAUGAGGAAGAAGGGAUCACUCCUAUUAGGGCCUGCUUUGCUUAUGGAUGUGUGUGCACAUGUAUGUAAACCAGGGACCUUCUUCAGCUCAUGGCCUCCAGGCCUGGGCCGGUUCUUGCUGCUCCUGCCGUCUCCCGACUGGCUGUGUCCUGAGUAACUGGAACAUGAGACUGUAUUUGCAGGACUGGCCCCAUGGUGGCCGAGUUAGACGUCUGUUUCCUGUGAGUCGCCACUGUUCACUCAGUCUUGCCCUCCCAUGCUUUGGAGCCGGUCUGGUGGCUCCUGUAAGGUUCUUAAGGCUGGUGGCAGCUCAGUCUGGGGUCAGGACAUGUCGGGGUCAUGCGAUUCUGGCCCUGACAUGAGCUGUCUGGCCUCUCUGUGACAUGAUGAAAUUGAAAUCAAUCCACAGUCCAUGAAAUUGUGACACUCCACCAGAUUAAGUUAGGGCAUAACAGAAACUUGGAAAUGGCCACGUCGUCACCCCUGCGGCUGUCGUAUUGCUGAGAUGCAUGGGUCACGGGGGAGGUGAUUUCCAGGCAUAUCGCUCUCCCUUUUGUGUAUCUGUCAUCCGGAUGCUUCGGACCCCAUGCCUCUGCAAGUGGGAGAGACCCGAGCAUCCUCCCCACCCCCAUAGCACCAGUGCACUCCACUCCCGCCUGUCUUGCCCGGGUCGGGGCCUGCAGCCAGCACCAUUUCACACACACUCCUUGUAGAUGGAAGCCAGAGGAAACCUGAACAUGGGUGGAGCAUUCCGUUGAGAGUCUACUUCAGGAGACAGAAGGCUCCACUGAGUCUACUUCAGGAGACAGAAGGCCCGUGCUGAUGGGGAGGGAGAGGGACGUGGGCAUUUUGGACACCAGGGGAAAUGGAAAUGCUGCUUUCAAAACUUAGUUUCCUUUCCAUUUCUUCCUAGUCUGGCCUUUGACACAAAUCUUGUAGAAGCCUGAUAAAUUGAAGGCACCUGUGCCCUCCCUGUGCCCCCCAGGAGGUUCUCGGAGAGAAGUGCAAGAAUUUUUGAACAUGCCAGUGGAGGGCGGGUGGACGGCCAUGGGCGGGGCCUCCGUAUCAGGCCUGCUCACCUUGCUGGGAGCUUUAUUCUGAUCUCAUUUUGAAUGUUCCAGAGGGCGCAUCAUAAGAGCCCAGAGCUCCGAUUUCCAAAGAGUGGUAUUAUUUAUGGAGAUUGGUGCUGUAACGUAUUUUGAAUAAUACUAACUUAUUUUGUUGGG